AUGAGUCGACAACUCAACUUCAGGUCUGGUGGUGACAAGGGCAACUUCAGUGUGCUUUCUGCAGUGGUGCCAAGGAGACCCCUGGGUAGCAUGGCUUCUCGCCAGGCAACUGGUCACAGGGUUGGGGCUGGCUUCAGCAGCAGGAGCCUUUGCGGUCCUGGAGGGAAUCGGCAUAUUUCCUUCGAUGUGGCAAGUGGCGGUGCUAGGGCCACAGGGCAGAGCUUUGGGCAUGGCUCUGGGUAUGGAGGGACUCGAACCAGCGGCUCUGCCAGAAGCAUGUUUGGCAGUGUGGCCCUGGGGCCCACUUGUCCAUCUAUGUGUCUGCCUGGGGGCAUCCACCAUGUUACUGUCAACAAGAGUCUGCUGGCCCCACUCAAUGUGGAGCUGGACCCUGAGAUCCAGAAGGUGCGUGCGCAGGAGCGGGAGCAGAUCAAGGCUCUGAAUGACAAGUUCGCCUCCUUCAUCGACAAGGUGCGCUUCCUGGAGCAGCAGAACCAGGUGCUGGAGACCAAGUGGGAGCUGCUGCAGCAGCUGGACCUGAACAACUGCAAGAGGAACCUGGAGCCCAUUUUUGAAGCCCACAUCCGUGGCCUUCGAAAACAGCUAGAGACGUUGUCUGGGGCCAGGGUGAGGCUGGACUCAGAGCUGAGGAACAUGAGGGACGUGGUGGAGGACUACAAGAAAAGGUAUGAGGUGGAGAUCACCCGACGCACAGCAGCAGAAAACGAGUUCGUGUUGCUUAAGAAGGAUGCAGAUUCAGCCUACACGGUCAAGGUGGAACUCCAAGCCAAAGUGGACUCUUUGGAGAAAGACAUCAAGUUUCUCAAGUGUCUGUAUGAUGUGGAGAUGGCUCAGCUCCAGACUCAUGUCAGUGACACCUCUGUCAUCCUGUCCAUGGACAACAACCGGGAUCUGGACCUUGACAGCAUCAUUGCUGAGGUCCGUGCCCACUAUGAGGACAUUGCCCUAAAGAGCAAGGCUGAAGCUGAGGCACUGUACCAGAGAAAGAUUCAGGAGCUGCAGCUGGCGGCUGGCUGCCAUGGGGACAACCUGAAGCACAGCAGGAAUGAGAUGCUGGAGCUGAGCCGGCUGGUCCAGAGGAUACGCUGUGAUGUGGCUAACGUGAAGAAGCAGUGUUCCAACCUGGAGACAGCCAUUGUUGAUGCCGAGCAACGAGGAGACUGUGCCCUCAAGGAUGCCCAGGCCAAGCUGGAUGAGCUGGAGGGCGCCCUGCAGCAGGCCAAGGAGGAGCUGGCCCGGAUGAUGCGUGAACACCAGGAGCUGAUGAGUGUCAAGCUAGCCCUGGACAUUGAGAUCGCCACCUACCGCAAGCUGCUGGAGGGCGAGGAGUGCAGGAUGUCUGGUGAGAACCCAUCCUCUGUGAGCAUCUCUGUCAUCAGCAGCAGCUAUGGUUCUUACGGUUAUCAGCCAAGCUCCAUGACCUCUGACUUUGGGGUUGGCAAUGCAACUGGCAGUCCCAGCACCCCUCGAAACAGCCAGACCAAGACCAGAGUAGCAAGAGCAACAGAUCUCAGGGACUCCCAGAACAAGAGCACUGCUGUUGGUAGCCUGGCCAAGAAGACCACUUGAUAAAUCUACUGCCCCGCUCACCUCAGUGUCUGGAGAAAGAAUGUCUUUGCUGCUGCCUGGAGAUGCCCAUCACCCUUGAAGCCUCCGUCCCUGAGUUUUAGGACUCUCUACUACACUUGACUAUCCACUAUCCACUUUAAGUUCUGAGUGACGCAGACAGUCUUCCCAUGUCAGUAGGCCCCAUGUGGGCUUCUGACUUUUCUUGCCUUCAGUCUGCAGGAGGCUUUGGAAGCUCAAGCUAUCACUGUCUUCUUGAGCUAAGGAGACUAUGAUCAACCAGAGAGAGGGGAGAGAAAGAGGUGGUGAGGAAGGAGGGGCAUUGAGGUCAUAUUCUCAAUUGUCCACAUUUUUGCCCUCAGAAUGGGUGGGACUUUGCCAGUCUUUCUCUGUCCCACUGGCCAGGCCAUUGAAGAGUGACGGGAUUGUUCAGGGGAAAAAUGUACAUGUUCGGAGAUUCCCCCGAUAAGCUCCUAUUCAUAGAGUCACAUGGAAGAGAUUUUUAACUCAUUUUAGCCUUAUCUACAGUACUUAAAGUUAGGGGAAAUUCAAUGACAAAACUGCAGGACAGCCACAACCCAGUUUAUUGUCCAAAACAACCAAACACAAGUUGAAAAAGCUCUGUUGGCUCAUGUAAUAGUUCAGAGUCCCAGACCUCAAAGUCCUGAGUACAUUUAUAUACUCUAAAUCAUAAUCCUCAGAAUGAUUCUCUGGGACACAGUGACUUCAGCUCUAUUUUGGCAUAUGAGGAAAGCAAAUUCAGAGGCUUGGUGAUGUUGUACAAUGGGGUCACCACCUUUAUUAUCAACAUUAGUUUCUUCCACCUGUCAAGUACCUAUGGUGUGCCAGGUUGUCAGGAGCCUGGUAUGUGUUGCCUCUAGUUCUCACCUAACCCUGCAGAGAAGGCACAAGCCACAUCUUUGGUACACACAGGGAAGCUCUCAGAGUGACUGAACUAGCCCACAUCAUAUGAGUGAUUGAGCUAGCCCACAUCACACACCUACGAGUCAGCUCAAGCCUGGCAGACAGCCAGGGUUCAUGAUGUUUUGCUGGUAUGUCACAAUCAUUGGCACUUUUAGAGAAGGAAUGUCAAGGUCCUCGAUAAAGCAGCUGAUCAUGUUGGCCUUUAUGAAGACCAUGGCUAUGUUUGGUUCUUAGACCUCUCUCUGGAUCUGUGACCUCCAGGACUUUAUGACUCUAGGAUGCUAUUGCUGUAAGCUGAGUCCAGCAGGUGACUUAAUCUUGUCUCUGGGUGGUCCUAUCCAACUUGCUGUGUGAAGGAUGACACCAUCUUGUCCCUCCUUUGCAUGGCCUAAAGACUCUAAAUUUCUGCUGAAUGUGCAAUAAACUAUCUUGGAGCAAUGU